AUGGCAGCACACGCGUCCAAACAGACGAAGUAUCUCAUCCAAAAGCAGUUUCCUGGAGAACUAGCGGUCACUAUUGAGUUACAGCUGUUCAGCAUUGACAUUCGCCGACUGAAAGCCUUCAUCGAACGAGGGCCUCCAAUUGACACUCUUCGCCCACCACCAUCAGUUUCAACUGCUGGUAGCUUGUCUAUUACUCACGGCUUGAUUCAAGCAACCCAUCUCGCCAUGCGAUCGGUCUUUGCCUUUAAGAGUCUCUUGACGUUAUUGACCAAUGAUAGUUACAUGGUUAAUAUCAUCUGUCUUUUGCCGGACAUUCAUCCAGACGGCCCUUCUCAUCAAGCCACAUGUGCUGUACCCCAGUCCAGCUUGACACCUGAACCGCAUCUCGCCCGGGCCGGACAGGGCUUUUCAAUCGAAUUAUGCCAGCUGGCGUGCUUCGCUGCUGCGGUGGCAUUACCAGUCUGUUGGGAUCCAACUAUCUCAAUGAUGGGCUAUAGGAUUCAGGUUCGAUGGAUGAACCGGCGGACCGGAGAUGCCUGGCACGCAGCCAAGCUGCACUCAACGUUUUUGGCAACGUACGGUAAAGCAUCAACAUGGCUCUGGUUCCUUUCUUUUUCAAAGCAGCCCAUGGGGAAGCCUCCCGGUACCCCUGUUCGUUCAGUUGGGUUGUCACCUCGCGUGGCACAUGAAUGGCGUGUCGAAUAUCUAAUCCCCAAUGCAACCAGGCCCGGGCCACGAAUCACAAGACAGCAGACCCUGGAAUCCAAGUCGAUGCUUGCACCGGCACCAGCUUUCCCGAGAGGCCAGGCAGAGACGCGCGACCGCGCCCGUUCCCAUAGUCGAGACUCGAGACCUAGAUUCGGUCAAACUGUUUAUGACUUUUGGAGAGGGGCCGCCCACUCCAAUCAUCCAACCCAUCUUUACCCGCGUGCCGCCAAUUCGUGCCGUCGCCGCCGCACAUCCCUGCUCCUGAUGCAUCCCCGCCUCCCCCAGACGCUUCCUUCACGGGGGUGA